AUGGCUCAACAACAGGUUCCAACUUUCAAGCUUGUUCUCGUCGGUGAUGGUGGUACCGGUAAGACCACUUUCGUCAAGAGACAUUUGACCGGUGAGUUCGAAAAGAAGUACAUUGCCACUCUGGGUGUCGAGGUCCACCCUCUUUCGUUCUACACCAACUACGGUGAGAUCAAGUUCGACGUCUGGGAUACCGCUGGACAGGAGAAAUUUGGUGGUUUGAGAGAUGGUUACUACAUCAACGGUCAGUGUGGUAUCAUCAUGUUCGAUGUCACCUCCAGAAUCACUUACAAGAACGUUCCAAACUGGCACCGUGAUCUGGUUAGAGUCUGUGAGAACAUCCCAAUUGUUCUGUGUGGUAACAAGGUGGAUGUCAAGGAGAGAAAGGUCAAGGCCAAGACUAUCACUUUCCACAGAAAGAAGAACUUGCAAUACUUUGACAUCUCUGCCAAGUCCAACUACAACUUUGAGAAGCCAUUCUUGUGGUUGGCCAGAAAGUUGGUGGGCAACUCUCAAUUGGAGUUUGUCGAGUCGCCAGCCCUGGCUCCUCCAGAGGUCCAGGUUGACGCCGAGUUGAUGGCCAAGUACCAGCAAGAGAUGGAGCAGGCUACCGCCAUGCCUUUGCCUGAUGAAGAUGAUGCCGAUUUGUAA